CACAGUAGAUUCGCCUCUCCUCCUCCGGCUCUCUCACCGAAUCCCUCACACAGUACUCCUCACUCUCACACACGCCUAAGCCAUCUAGUAGUAACUGAUAGGACACCCAAACCAGAUCUGAAAAUCAUAAGCUAAAAAAGAUAAGAAGAAAAACUGGAAUUUUCAAGCGGGGUUUGAAGAGAACUGAUUUCAAAGCUCGAUUUCUUUCUUCCCGGGUUUCUGAAAUUCGUUUUGAGCGGUGGAAUCGCUGUAUUGUCGCUGUUUGUUGCUGCAACCGUAUUGAGCUCUGUUUGGUUUGGAUUUCGCUUCUGUUUGGCAAAUUUGUUGGUGAUUGCACUGUUCAACCAGCCGAGUUGCACUCUCCAAUCCAAACCUUUAUUUGGUGGAUUUCUGUUGAUUAUUCUUCUUUACAGUCUAGGGUUUACAUGAAAAGUUAGCUACUGGAGAAGUGAAGGACGCCAAAGUCAGCCGAGGGACGCAGCACAAAGAGAAAAUGGGAUUUCAGAAAUUUCUCAGAUCCAUUCCAAAACAAACCGCUUCUGAUCGGACUUCACUGUUACCUCUUGCAUUGAGAACGAUAGAUUCCUCAGUGUGCACCACCAACAACCUCACCCCUGUUGCCCAAAACCAACUGAACCAACUCAUGGAAACCCACCUUAAACCUUCUUUCACGGCCAAAGAUUUUCUUACUUUCCUCAAGAAUCACGUCCAUUACCACCCUGUCCUCACUAACCUUGACUUCUACCUCUUCAACUAUGCUGCUUCUGUUGAUUCUUUCCGCCAUGAUCACUCCACCUUUGAGUGGAUGGUCCGCACGCUGGCCAUCACCCACCGCCUCCAAUUUCUUACUUCUCUCCUUCAAUUUAUUGCUUCUAAUCCCUGCCCGUGUGCUGACGGUAUUUUCUCUUGCCCCAAAACUGAACCUAUUUUUCGUUUUGCCAUUAAUGCUUAUUGCAAGGCUGGUAGAUUUGAUGAUGCAUUGUUAGCUUUUGACACAAUGAGAAGAUCGAUUGAUGGGAAGCCUGAUGUUGCUGUUUACAAUAUAAUAAUUCAUGGAUUUGUGAAGUUUAAGCAUUUUGAUAAGGCUCUGGAGUUUUACAAUAGGAUGAUUAGAGAAAGAGUGAAGCCUGAUGUAAUUACGUUCAAUACUCUGAUUGCUGGGUACUGUAAGAACUCGCAAUUGGGCUUGGCUUUGCAAAUGUUUAAAGAGAUGAAAACUCAUGGAUGUGCACCAAAUGUAGUUAGCUUUAAUACUUUAAUUAAAUGGUUUCUUUUGGAUGGUAAGAUUGAAGAGGGGAUUGGGAUGGCCUAUGAGAUGACGGAGAUGGGAUGGGAGAUUUCUGCAGUGACUUGUGAGAUUUUGGUUGAUGGUCUUUGCAGGAAGGGAAUGAUGUUGAAAGCGUGCGAUUUACUGGUUGACUUUUCAAGGAAACGGUUGCUGCCAAGAACAUUUGAUUAUUUUGGGUUAAUUGAGAGGCUUUGUUGUGAAGGGAAUGUGGCCAGAGCAAUGGAAUUGGCGAAUGAGUUAUGGAGGAAUGGGAGUUCUCCAAGCUUAAUUGCUUGUACAACCUUGAUUGAAGGUUUAAGGAGAACAAGAAGAAUUGAUGAAGCAUAUAAAAUUAUGGAGAAAAUGCUGCAGGAAUGUAUGCUUCCGGAUAGUGUAACCUUUAAUUGUCUACUUAGUGACAUGUGUGAUGCAGGAAGAAUGAAGGAAGCGAAUGAGAUGAGGUUAUUGGGUUUAAACAAGGGUUUGGAUCCUGAGGCUGUGACGUACAAUAUUUUGAUAUCAGGUUUUAAGAGGGAGGGUAAAAAGAAGGAAUCGGAAGCACUGGUGGAAGAAAUGUUGGAUUUGGGGUUUAUACCUGAUAUUGCUACUUAUAACAGGUUGAUUGAUAGACAAGCUAAAUCAAAAAGUUAAAUUUCUUUGCACCUAUUAUCUUCAAGUCGAGAAAACUUAUAUGGUGCAGUUUAUUGAUCCAUGUGGAAAUAGGAGAUAUGCAUAUUAGGAAGUACCAAUAGAUAAAAUCAGUGAUUUUUCCCCUUUUACUUCCAAUCAUCUACAAAAAAUAUUGGUGAGUUAUGUAUUGUCUAUAUCCUUUUGAGAGUGAGUCAACUGAAGCAGCAGCUUGGAGUUCUCAUGGCUUGUAUUGGCACAAAAUUUUGUCAUCAUCAACUCUUCUAUUAGUGAAUUGCAACACAUCAUAGCAGAUAUGCUGCUUAUUUUUUUAACUACAUGGAGUACAGUGAACUCUGCUGUGCACAUUAAAGGAAGCUCUGUUAUGCUGGGAAGAGAUUCAACAAUGAAAAAAAGAUUGAUUAUUUUGGAUCCUUCCUUUCUUCAAACUAAACAAAACAAGAUAGAAUCAGGCCGAUUCCCGAAAUUCCCUUCUGUAUAUUCCUUAAUGUCCCAGCUAUUCACUGAAUGUGAGAAGCUGAUGAUAGAAUCAGGCCGAUUCCCUAAAUGCCUUUCUGGAUAUUCUUCAAUGUCCUGGGCUAUUCAUGGAACAUGAGAAGCAGAUGAUUAAUCAUCUUUCCCAGAAGAAAUUGAAGAAUUCUUGGGUAUGCUACAAGAUUUGUUCGUUCUUUUUUCUCUGAUAGAUGGCCAGUACUUCAUCUAGGUUCCCUACUAUAAAGAAGCAACUCAAGAGAAUAUGGAGAACAGUACUCUGUAUCCAAUGGGCAGUUUAUCGGAGAGGAAACACAUAUCUUUUUGGAGCCAAGGAAAAAGCAAUUCGUUAUCUGAAACAACAUAGAAUCUAUGAUGGAUCUGAUAUGACCUGUACAUGCUAAUGGGAACUAAAAUGGUUGUGAUUUCUUGAUCCCUCUGAAGACAGAUGAUUGUUACGGGCAAUGUACAGAUCAUUGUGUGCUUAAAUGCAAUCCUCCUUUUUACUAAUGACAAAAAGGGGGAGAGAAGUGGACAUAUUAUCUAAUGUCCAAGAUAGAUUCUGUGAAUACAUCAAUUAAAAAGCCAGAGACACAGGUCCAGGUACAAAUUGAGGGGGAGCAAGCAUCAACUCAGAGCAAAGUUUCGACAAAUGCAGUGAAAAAUGAAACACAAACAUCAGGGAGUACUUCUUACCUCUCGUCAAUUGUUUUUGAAGAAGUUUUGACAUCAUAAAAAAAGGUGUAGAUUGUUAACCUCUGAAGUAUUUUGAUAAUGAUAAAAAAGAGAUAUUCCAGUAUUUCGAAUAGACGAACAUUAUAUUCUCUUGACAGGAAAAUCUGUUUGGACAACAAGCCAACUCACGAAGGAACAGAAAUCACUUGGAUAGAUGAUGAAAAUAUGUCGAGCUGAAUGAAAGAGACUGUAAAUCAAGCCAGAUGAUAAGAAAAGAAGAUUGGAUCGAAUAGUUUGAUAAAGAUGAGCAAGAUGCAGCUUCAUUAAUUACCCAAAGAAAUAAUCAAGGGACUAUCUGAAGAUGCAUAUCAGCAUGUGAGAAAGAACAUUACACUAAGGCACCCAGAUAACAGUACCGCCAAGUCAGUAAGAAAAUCCAAGAGGACUGUUCACAUGCAAACCUAGAGAUAUGCACGGAGUAAUCAAAGAGCAUUCAGUGAUGCCGUUAGAGCUUAAGAAUUUCUAUUCACAACGAAGGCACGGUAGAAGGCAAGAGUUUAAAUUUCAUUAACAAAGAGGAGCAUGUUUACAAGGCAUGAAGGAAGAGAAUAUUGUCAACUAAGCUGAUUCCAAGGAAAAACGCCCAAAGGACGAGAAACAACAACAAACCCAGUGUAUUCCCACAAGUGGGGUCUGGGGAGGGUAGUGUGUAUACAGGUCUUACCAAAGGACGAGAAAGGCAUCUAAAAAAGCUACAGAGAGACAUUGAAGGCUUUUGAGUAUAAAAGGGAGCCGACCAAACUCUGAAGUUACUUUUGCAGAUAUGAAACGAAAAGGUUUCUUUCUAUCCUCAUGUAAAUCUUUGUAGAGAUUGUACAUUUCUGAGUUUAUCCACAAUGUCCACCAUAACCUUAUUAAUGUUGUAAUGCUGUAAGUGCAAAGCUCGGUUGUUGAAUUUAAAUGGUUGUGAAACUCCCCUUUUUCUUUC